CCUAUAGCCCGUGACCUAUGUUGCUGCGAUCCGGCUCUCUAAUUAAAUGUCGUCGGGUGUGUUGAAUCCUACAAAAGUAGGGUAUUUUUGAAGGAUCCGACACGAGUGUGACAGCAUUUUGGAGAGUGUGCGCAACAUAGAUUACGCGUUUGAGCCGUGUAAUUAGCAGAUUGCCUACAUAUCACACCCUCUUAGGAAAAUGGGGUCUCAUGGAAUGAAUUAUGUAAAUGAAAAUGAAGAAAUGGAGUUGGACUUUGAUCCGAGUGCACCACCUCCAUUUAAAUUAUCUGAAAUUCGAGCUGCUAUUCCUAAGCAUUGUUGGGUUAAAAAUCCAUGGAAAUCUCUAAGUUAUGUUUUUAGAGAUUUUAUUAUUGUUGUUGCAUUGGUAGCCAUAGCCAUUUAUUUGGAUAGUUGGAAAUUUUGGCCACUUUAUUGGGUUGUUCAAGGUACUAUGUUUUGGGCAAUCUUUGUUCUUGGACAUGACUGUGGACAUGGAAGUUUUUCAGAUAGUGCAUUUCUGAAUAGUGUGGUUGGACACAUUCUUCAUUCUUCUAUCCUUGUACCCUAUCAUGGAUGGAGAAUCAGCCAUAAAACUCACCAUCAAAACCAUGGAAAUGUUGAAGCUGAUGAAUCUUGGGUGCCUAUGCCAGAAAAGCUAUAUAAAGAACUGGAUUUUGCUACCAAAUUUUUUAGAUUCAAGAUUCCUUUUCCCUUGUUAGCAUACCCAAUGUACUUGAUAAGCAGAAGUCCAGGGAAAAAAGGUUCUCAUUUUAAUCCAUGUAGUGAUUUGUUUCAACCUCAUGAGAGAAAAUAUGUCAUAACGUCAACUUUAUGCUGGACUAUUAUGGUGGCUUUCCUCUACUAUCUUUAUACUGUCGUCGGUUCUCUCCAACUGCUUAAGCUUUAUGGAAUACCUUAUAUGAUUUUUGUGAUGUGGUUGGAUUUUGUCACAUAUUUACACCACCAUGGCCAUGAGCAGAAGUUACCUUGGUAUCGUGGCAAGGAGUGGAGUUAUCUAAGAGGAGGAUUAACAACAAUUGAUCGAGAUUAUGGUUUGUUUAAUAACAUUCACCAUGAUAUUGGCACACAUGUUAUUCACCAUCUUUUUCCUCAGAUACCACAUUAUCACCUCGUCGAAGCGACUAAAGCGGCAAAGCCGGUACUUGGGAAAUAUUACAGGGAGCCAAAAAAAUCAGGAAUAGUUCCAUUUCACUUGAUUGGAAAUUUAGUGAGAAGUAUGAAGCAGGACCAUUUUGUUAGUGACAAUGGAGAAAUUGUGUAUUAUCAGACUGAUCCACAACUCUUCAAAUUAAUUGGUAAAAAUGCUGAGUGAUUAUUCAAAAGCCUAUGUUACAGAAAUAUUAUUUCUUGUUAACAUAUAUUUCUAACUAAUUUCCUUUGUUCAGAAACUUAGUGAUGGCUAUAUGGUGUUGGCAAACAAUUAAAGAGAAUAGUAUGAAGCAGUUUCCAUCUAUUAAAAGUGUUUGCUCUUGCUUUUACAUUAUCUUCAUUCCUCAUAUCUCCUUAUGCCUCGGCUAUCGUGACUUACCCUGGGCUUGCCAAAUAGAGGUUUAUGCAAUUAUAUGUAUUUAACCUUGUAAAUCCUCAAAUUUUCUUAAUGAAUUGUUGACUAUUCAAGAUUA